AUGGUACCCCACCUUGAGGUCAAGUACCAGCCGGGGAAGUCCAACCUGGCAGUGGACUGUUUGUCCUGUAACCCUGUGUAAUAAAGUACUGUGCAACUCGGGAAGAGGGGAAAGGACAUGAAACAGAAGUCUCUCCAGUUUCCAUUUCCACCAUAUCAGGUAGCCGAGAAUUGAUGCAGCUAACAUAACAUGUGUUUCAUAUUGCAUAGAUCAACAUGUCAUUUUGGGGUUGUACAGAUAAAAAGCUAAUGACAUGCAAAAUGAUGAGCCUGAGAGGUAUUUCAGUAAAAAAUACUUUUAUUUGUUUAUGGUGUGUGUAUGUGUCAGUAUAUGUGUGUGUGUUUCCCACAGAAGAUCAUUGGUCUUGUGGUAGCCGGAUGAUUGAUUUAGCCACACCAUCUACGUAUGUGGAACAUAGUAUAAGUUGACAAAGCGCAAGCAGAUUUAUGUGCUUAAAGUAGUGAAUGGUGCAAUAUGAAUUACAACCUCGUGUGAAUAUGCCAAGCACUUACCUGUACCUUUGUGUCGCCACUCUGAGGGUGCGAGGGUAAAAGAGUCCUCAGGGAAACUAACAGCCUUUUUAGUGCUCCAACUGAUAAAUUGGCAAGGGGGGUGAGCAGGGCCACAUGAAAUAUUCCUUUGGGAAAAUUUCUUGGAGGUUGUGACUAAUUUAAAGCGGUAGUUGCUUAUUGUAAAGUUGUGUUGAGUCUUUGCUGGAUAUAUUUUAAGUUUUAGGGUUUUAAAGAGUUAAUAUUAAAGUUUCAUGUUUGUAGUUAUGUUUCUUCACGUGGUAGCGCCCAAUCGAGGAGGCUAUAUAACGGAGCACUUUCUCUGUGAGUGGAGAGUGUGUCAUGUGUACGAUGAUGUCGACAUAAUAUGUUUUAUUGGUGUAUCAGUCAGUUUACUGUAAAUAAAUGUCCACUGUGUGGGUUUGAUGCAUCUCCUGCCUCUGCCUCCUUGUAUGGUCAAAAACGCUUAUAGUGUCAUUUUUACACAAAGGUUGAUUGUUCCACGAAUUUUCCUUUGGGAAUCAAUAAAUUUCUGCUUAUCUUAUCCCAUCCUAUAAAAAAUUAAUACAUAUUUGUAAUUUGAAGUCAGCAACAAGUUUCAAAAUCAUCAAUCAGGGGCAUGUUUAUCAUUGUGUUGCAUCAGCUCUCUGUAUAAGAACACUCCAAAAAUCUUUGGGAACUGGGAGGAUAACUUUCUGGGGUUGAAAUCAUCACAGAUGCUGACUUUUGAAAUUUGUACAGAUAACAAGCCAGGAGGUCCCUGCCCUCUUUCCAAAAGACAGGGAUUUGGUAUACAUGAGUUCCAAAAAUCAUUGCUAAAUUUCGAUUUGUAAGACCACAGUUAAGUUGCAGCACCAUGCAUGAAAAAUUUAAGCAGUUCUGAGACCCAGUAUUACCGAGGUUAUAGUGUUAAGUAAGAAUCAAUUAGAUUUUUAGAUCCCGUUUUCAUCACAGCAUCUCAUCUCCAUCUCUUAGUGAAUUGGGCUUGUACAAAUCCACAGUUUAAUCAGCCUUAUGUUGACAAAAAUCUUUUAUAUGCAAUAAAAACGUAAUUUUCUUGGCAACAUCAAUGCAGAGUCUACUUCUCUUUGUCUUAUCCACAGGUGACACUGAAGAACUUCAAGAUGUAUAAGGUGUGGUUCGCAGUUUUGUUCCUGGUUGGUUUACAUAAAUCACCCAGCAGACCCUUGCGGUCUAAUGGUAUUACGUGGUUUUUAACUGUGCCACAGCUCAAGGUUCAAACCCUUUGCCGCCUUGCUCUGUUUUUUCUCAAGGAGCACAACAAACACAGACUCACUGAAACAAACAGCCCCUGGUCUCUAAAGCAGGUCUAAUCAGGGCUGAACAGACACAUGACUGCAGGGCAAUUGGCUUAAAUUUUACAAAAGGGAUUUUAUAAGAAAAAAUAAGUCAAUCUUUCAUGUGUGGAAGAAAGGAAAGGGGAUUUAUUUCUAUGGCUACAUUUCAGCAAGGCUUUUUCAAUGACAACAAAACUGAAAGACAAGUAAUGAUGGAUAUUUUCCUAUUUUGUUUUAUAUCCAUUACAAAGUUGUGUUAUGCUGUUGGAAACACUUUAUGUAUCACAGAUUUUUCUAGCAACAUAACCAAGCAGGUGAAAUGGCUCAUAAGACUUACUGAUCCAAAUUUUUACAGACAAAAGCAUUUUAAUCUUAAAAUGUUUAUCAUAUUGAGGAAAGUGUCCGGGUCCCUCUGAACCUUUCAUGGAGUGUUGUAGAUCAAAUUCAACAACAAAAAGUAUCUGAUAUGAAGGGUUAUCAUGUUCCCCCACCUCAUACCCAUGCUCAUACCUGCUUUUACCCUUCUCCUGUUCAUGCGUAAUGUUCAUUUUCCCCGUUAUGUGCACUCUUUCCAGCUUGCCUGAUAUGAUUGAUGUACAAGCAAAAUAAACGCCUCCCCAGUCUAAAUGAAUAUGUAGAUUCCCCCAUGCAGAUAAUAUGUUUUUUUUUUUUUUAUGAUUAACAUUUUUUUAUUUCCAUUUUUCUUUUAAACAGUACAAACACAAACACAAAACAUCCCUCCCUCCCUCCCCAAGUCACCACCAACUGCACUCAUUCCUCUCUGGCUUGCAAAAUACGCCACUGUGCUACUCCUUGUACCACUUGCCUUGUUGGAUCGGCUGCAUCAAUGUAGCUAAACAUAAAGCAAUCACAAUCUCUACACAAAUCAUCGUUGAGAUACAAGAAAAUAUAUGAAUAAAAUAAGAUAAAAUAAUAAAUAAAAAAUAUUAAUAAGUAUAUAACAAUAAAUAUACAUACACAUACUAUAAAAUAGAAUAAUAACUAUAGUAAUAGAAAAUAUACAAUAUAUAUACUAUAUGUAAUUAUAAUUAUAUCAAUUCACAAAAUAUAAAUGAUAUAUACAUAAAAAUAAAUAAAUACAUAAAUAAAUAUAUAAAAAUAACUGAAUACAUACAAACACCUAAUAAGCAAGUAAUUUAAAAUAAUUGGUAAAAUAAAUAAUUUAAAAAAAAAAAUGUAUUUUUAAACAAGUUUAUGUUGUACUAGAGCCUGUUUGUGCCAUUGUGUUGGCUAGCAUCCACUAAAGAGGAUUUAUCUGUGAGCUGCCAUGUUGAAGGUCAGCAGGAACACCUGGCAGGGCUGAGCUCAAGUCACACAGUCUUGUUUCAGGGCAGGAGAAAACUAGAUCCAUAAGAGAUGGUGAUGUGAUAUUAUGGUUGGAUAGUCUUAUUUCAGAGUAGCUUUCUCUGUAAAACUUGAGUCCAUCACAACUUCAGCAUAGAUCGUAAAGCAAAACUUUGAUCUUUUUUCAUUCUGCCAUGACAUCAAAAUGGUUCAAAUGAGCAGCAGUGUUAAAUUCACAAUGAUAAAAUGGUAGGCUGCAUUACUGGUUGUCUUACUUACAGAAAGUACAGACGUUAAAAUUUUAAUUGAAGUAAGGGAAUUUCUUUGACAUGUCCAUUGUGACUCAAAUAUGAACUGAUUAGCAUUUGUAGUCGGACUUUGUGCGACCUCAAGAAACACGAGUCUGCAAACACAUUACUGAGGUUUAAGAAUUGAUACCUCUGCUCAGAUAUUUUGCAACACAAUUCAUAGAAAUGUAGCGGAGUCAAAAGUACAAUAUUUGUCUUUCACAUGUUGCGAAGUAGACAUAAAAAGUUUUCCCCUGAAAUAAUGUCCAGAUACUCAUAAAAUGUACCUCAGCACAGUACACUUGUAAAUUUACAUUGUCACUAUCCUCUACAUAUUAUAACUCAAGGAUUGGUACAUUAGUUGUGAAACAUUUUAAACAAACAAUAAGUUUGUUUAAAAUAAGUUUCUUUGACUGUCUUUAUACUUUAACGCCACUGUUAAUACUUGCUAACAAUCCAGUUAAAGGCUCAGGGAUCUAAUCUAAAACAUUACAGAUUCUGUACAGAGGGCACAACAACUUUUGAUUGUACUGUGAAAGCUGAUUUUCACUAAAUAUUAAUGAAGUACGUGCUUAAAUGUACACACGCACGCACGCACAGACACACACACACACACACACACUACGGGGCCUCUCUAUCUGGGGUUCAUCAUUUAAAGAAGGAGAGGUGGAACUCACAGGACUAUGGAAGCCCAUUUCCGCCAGUCAAAAAAAAAAAAAAAGUCGCAAUUAUGAGAUAAAAAGUCAUAAUUAUGAGAUUAAAAAGUCAUAAUUAUGAGAUAAAAAGUCAAAAUUAUGAGAUUUAAAAGUCGAAAUUAUGAGAUAAAAAGUCAUAAUUAUGAGAUAAAAAGUCGAAAUUAUGAGAUUUUAAAGUCGAAAUUAUGAGUGCACAGUGUACAAUUUUCGCAUGACUUUUCAACAUGCUGGAGAACACAGCGUUACAUGUAAAACUGGUGGAGACAUUUGUAGCCGACUCUAAGUAACAUAAUGCAACUCACAGGUAGAAAGUACGGACACUGUUCCUGUCUCAGUGUCACCAUCUAGUGGCAUAAACGUUACUUCAAAACGAUGAUUCACUGACAGCUGAAAGAUAUUGUCAAAAUAACGUAAUUUGUUUAGCAGCACGGAUGGGCUGAUUAAAUGAAUAGUAAUAUUUAAUAUCUAUCAAAGACACCUAUAAUACUUUCCUAAUUUACUGAUGAGUAUUGUUUGCAUGGUGCAUCCGGUGAGGUGAAGUGAGACCUUGAAGAUGGCGCCAUAAAACAUGCGCACUUACUAUCACAUAAUUUCGAUUUUUAAUCUCAUAAUUAUGACUUUUUAAUCUCAUAAUUUCGACUUUUUAUCUCAUAAUUUCGACUUUUUUUUCUUUUUUUGACUGGCGGAAAUGGGCUUCCAUACAGGACAGUCUUGAAGCUCAUUUGCAAAAUGUUUAUCUUCUAUUUCCACACACACACAGACACACACACACACACACACACACAAAACUUUAAAAGGCUGUUUAGAGCUGUGGCCCUGUUUCAUACUGUGAUGUUUUUCAUCUGUGGACACCUUGUCUGACUGAGAUAAAAACAUGGUCAUAAAUCACUGCUGUAAUUUUGGAGGGAAAGUGUUAUCAUAAAAAUGUAUUUAUUCCAGUCUCAAGGAUGUGACCGCAAAGACUGCAGGACAAAUAUCUAAAUUAAGAAUUCAAUAAUUCACUUCAUGAGAUAGGCAUUAGAAAGUGUUUUUGGAUGGCUGUGUUGUAACACUCUGGUUAAGAGUGUCUCUGACUCUGAUAAUCAUGGUUUCCCUCUGAGGAAUUUUAGAAAAGUUAAUCUCAGUGGAUUUACAGAAGGUAUGAAAUGAAUGAACCAUGAAACAACAACAGACUGUAAAAGACUGUAAAGAUUUGAAGCAAUUGAUUAAUUUGGGACAUGAUAAAUCUAUGGCAAUAUGAUUUGAGAAACUGGGAGGUCCAAAGACACAAGUAUUCCCAAGUGGCUUUAAAAAGGACACGCUGUUUGUAUGUUUUCCCAUUUCCUCCAGUUAUCUCCCAAAGGGCAAGAAGUCUUUAAACUGCAAUGAAGGAAAUGAGAGAGAAAAAACAUUCAGGCUCUCUAGAGGCACACAUAUUUUGAACUAUGUAAACCCUCAAAUGAGCAUCAAAGGUCUCUAGCCAAGGUUCCUAAAUUGAGAUUCACAGUUAUGCAACCUUAUAGUUGAAUAUAAACUGUAAAACAGUGUCUGGCCAACAGUAAAAAUCCAAACAAGGGAACAGAGGCGCUGUAAUCAGAUGCUAAUGACCUCCUUCCCCUCCUCCCUCCCUUCUUCCUCCACAUGCAGAGAGCAACAGGUCUAAAUCCUGUCCGUGCUCGGCCAUUUAAAGCUUGUGCCUGUUGGAAACCAGGGCUGAAAACUUGACGCUAAAAAAUCCUUUGAACCGUUUCAUCUAAAUUUACAGAAGCUGAAAUAAUGAUAUUUAAGACAGCGGUGGAACAUGCAAAGAAGCAUCCUGGGGUAAGUUAUUUUCUCUUCUUCCUUGUUUCUGUCAUUUUAGCACUUUAAAAUCAGUGACAGCCACCUGUUUUCAUUUCCAGAAAUGGUACAGCAUAUAAAAUCUGGACAAGUUCUUCUGAAAGCCUGUGCUGGUUAAUGGUGCAUUUCAGGAGAAUGUUCACUGAACAGUGAUGGUUUAAUUGUUUACCUCAACCUUGAAAGUUCUUGUUGGUAGUCAAAAUACAGAGGAAGUUACACCUGGUGAUUGCAUGUAAUGUUUGCACAGCUUUCAAGUUGGAUAAGUAAAAGCACAACAUUGUCAUUAUAACACUGACUUUACACAGAAAAAUUAGGAAUAAAUUAAAUGUAAAAAAAUAAAAAUAAAAAAAGAAGGUAUUGUUUUUAUUAAUUCUUUUAACCAGCUCUGCUAUCAGAGAGUGGAGUGACUAAGUUUCAAUUUCUUGUCUUCAGCCUCCUGGAGAGAGAGAGAGAGAGAGUGUGUAUGUGUAUGUGUGUGUGUGUGGGGGGGGUGUUAAGAGAAGCUACAGGGAGAAAAUCCCUAUGGGACCUAUGCCAGAGCUUCUUGAUGUGGUCUAUCAUCCUGACAGGCAGACAGACAGGCUGAGAGAAAGACAGUGAAGGAGACAGAUGCUGCAGGGAGCAAAUCCCAGGAGACUCGAUAAGCUUCUCUGAUCAAACUCCAACAGUCAGACAGACAGUCAGACAGACAGACAGACAGACAGACAGAGGCAGGCUGUUUGAGAGAUUAGGGACGUUUAAGAGUCAGAAAGAAAAAUGGACUGUUCAACCAUACAAAUACAAAGUUAAUAUAACAAUCAGAAAGUUAGACAGGCAGGUGGAAAAAAUUAUCAGCACAAGUUAAAGCCUGUCAUUCAGUAAGUCUCAUAAGGACAAUUAAUAAAGCUUGUAUUUUGCAAACAGAUUUACUGUACCAAAACCCUCCCUACUGGCAUCUGAAUUUUACACAGUAACCUCCUACACAACAACACACCUGAAAGUUUGGUCUAGAAAUGUUCUUACAGGACACAACUCCCUAAAGCACCACAGGUUGUAAUUUUUAUUAGAAUCAAUAAGGUGACUUAAAAAGGGAAAUAGUUAACAUGUUAAGAUGCUUUGAUUUGACUCACAGUUUCAGGUUAGCUCCUGCAGGCUGCAAUCUGCAAGUCAAACAAUUGCUGCGUCCGAAUUGCCAAGUAGUAGUCGAAGUAGUAGUCGAAGUAGUAUCUAGCAUGUCCAAAUUGGCCACCGGACCGAGUAGCAUGCUACUUCAGAUACUACUUCAGACACUAGACACGCCCACAUUGUAGGUUGGUCUCGGUGCAUCCUACGGGCAUGCUACUGACCCAAAAUGCACCACGGGCUUCUUAAAAGUUGUAGAAGCGCAUGUGAUGCUAGCGCCACCAGCUGCUCUGCCUAUUUAAAUGUGUCGCGAACGCCGGCUGGCCACAGCAGCGCGCACCAUGUCGCGGGACCGCAGCAGUACAGAUGUAAGUUUCAUGUAACUUCACACACUGUCCUAAAAAAUGUGCGGUUGUAUCUCUUUGUCAUGUCAUGGUGUCAUAUUUCCCCAAGUAAUCAUUUUAUGAGCAAAUAUGUGGCGACAUCAUGGAGGUAAAGCUCACUUAUUCCAUCAUUAAACUGCACAGCUGCAGUACUACAGCCAGGCCCGCAGAUGAGGGGCUUCAGUUACCACUGUCUGCACGGGCGCAGUACCUACUCUCUGCCUGCGGGGGUCGUCUUUCCCCACCGCUCGUCUAGUGUGUCCGAAUUGGGCCAACGUGUUUAGUAUGUAGGAGUAGGAUCUAGCAGUAGCACGUAGCAGUAGCAUGUAGUAUCCGAGCGGGCAGUUCGGACGCAGCAAAUGUCACUUAAUUAGAGCAAUGCUCGCUGCUGACAGCUUCAACCUCUCAGUAAACCUAAAGUGAUUUCUGUGUAGAAUGAAUGAAUAACAUAUUGCACUGUCAGCAAUUCUUUAUAUGUAUGUUGUUGUGUGAGGUGCAGUUUUUGUGUAAUUUAUAAACAAGUGGCACAGCAUCACAUUGUACUGGGAUAAGAGACAUCAACAAAUGUUAAAAAUGGAGACACAUUCUAUUGACUGUCUCUCUGCAUCUUCAGCUUAUCCCCCAGUUCUUCUUCAUCUGUCUGGGAAUGAGUGGAGCAUCUCUGUAUCUGAUCCGAUUGGCAAAAGGACCCCAUGUCACGUAAGAAUCCUUAACAUUACCACUUGACUGAAGAGGAUACAUAAUAUUUGGUAAAACAAAGAAACUCUGAAAAACACUUUCAUGGACUGAUGUGGUUGAUGUUUUUUGAGCUGCUUCCUGAUGAAGGAUGAUGCAAAAGUCUAAUUAAUGCCCCCCUAUUAACCAGCAAUAGGAUGUGGUGCACCACUACUGAUGUGAUACUUAAAUCAGACUUCCUUGCUUUUAUCAUUUUAUUGAGCAAACUUUUUAACAAGGCAUGCGGUGGGUGGAUGAAUUUUACCGUGGAGAAGCACAGGAACCUAAUUUAUGACUGCUACUGACAGCAGGGAUCCCUAUGGUUUUAAUUUCUAUCUCAACUUACCCCCUGCCUGGACUUCCUCUCCUCUUUCUGAAAUCAAACUAUGAAUAAAUCCCUUAUGAUACUGUCACUGAUCCCUGAUGAUAACGGUUCAUGGGCAAAUCAGGUCACGUGGAAUUCUGCUAGUUUAUGUACCACAGAUCUUUAAAGAAUACUGAUUUAUUUCAGUUCUGUUGUUUUUGUGUUUAGUUGGAACAAGACCAAUAAUCCUGAGCCAUGGAAUAAACUGGACCCCACGUACCAAUAUAAGGUAAGAACAUAAACAUUAUCAUUGUUAUAUAGCAUUUCACUUCACAAUUGUCACACAUAUGAGAUUUAAGACAUCAAUCUUAAACUGAACAGCAUCAUACUCCUACUCAGAUUGGUUUUGUUCUUUGUUCCCUAGUUUGUUGCUAUCGCCACAGACUACCCAAACCUGAAGAAGGAGGGACCGGAUUUCUAA